AUGGUCGCCUACCAUCGUAUGAGCCAAGCGGGCGUCUACCUAACCACCUGUGAAUCGGCGCUCCUCACCAUCCUAUGUGGAUCGGAACAUCCCAGCUUCCGUGAAAUUCAGAAACUCAUUCUGCAACCCAGUCCUGACAGCGGACUCUUGACUGGACUGGGUUCAGUCAAUCCGUUUGUUGGCCUCAAACCUUGA